AUGUCACCAAGCUCUGUUCACUCAGACGGCAAUCUUGCUAAUGGAAAAGUAUUGAAAGAGUCUGUUCCCUCUCUAAACUUCAAUUAUCCGGCUGAGACGUGUCGUCAUAUUGCCACAAUACUCGGCUUUCCUUCAGAAUGUUCUGCUCCGUCUAUGCACUAUGAAAACGCGUGCCGCGAGAUAAUCGACCUUGCUGCCACAAUUUCUGAGUUUGAAUCUGUACGAUUAUACGCAAGACCAGAAGAUUCUCAGCGGGCUCAAACAAUGCUAAAUGACAAAACCCACGGACCCUUUGCAGUUGAAAUCAUUCCAUUUGCAACAAAUCAUCUAUGGGUUCGGGAUACGGCACCAGUCUACGUCCACGGCACUACACCGGAAACACAAACGCAAAGAUUCGCCGUUAACUUCCGAUUCAAUGAAUGGGGUGGUUCAGUGUCUGAUAAUGGCUCCCUCAAGCCUGAAGAGCAGUGGCCAAAAGUGGAUGCGAUGCAGUUGAAGGAAAAUGCAACCUUUGCAAAGCGUGUUAUUCAGCAAGACGCAAGCCCAUCGCCUGUCACAUGUAUCGAGUCACAAAUUCGCCUCGAGGGUGGUGCCUUAGUCUACGACGGCGAGGGAACUCUCAUUGCCAGCGAGAGCAGCAUAAUUGGAGAGGACAGAAAUCCGGGCAUGUCAAAGCUAGAAAUUGAGGCUGAGCUGCGCCGGCUUCUUGGGGCAACAAGGAUUAUUUGGUUCCCUGGUUUCAAGAACUUGGAUAUUACCGACGUUCAUUCCGAUGCGGAACUUCAGUUCAUUCGUCCUGGGGUUCUUGUCAUGUCGCGACCCCAUGAGAGCGCUGAGGAGAGGUGGCAUGAGGUGUAUGAACAAGUCAAGGCAGCUGUAGAGGGCAACACAGAUGCCAAGGGGCGAACAUUUGAGGUGCAUGAACUUCCUGAGCCAGAUCCAAAAGUCACUGAGUACUUGAAACAUGAAGACCCGGCGACAAACUACGUCAACUUCUAUUUCGCGAAUGGGGCGGUGAUUCUGCCAAAGUUUGGUGAUGAUGAAACAGACACAGCGGCGCUGAGAAAGAUGCAAGAGUUGUGUCCCGACAGAGUGGUCAAGCAGGUGUACGUCAAUGCUCUUCCACUUACAGGAGGUGUCAUACAUUGUUCUACGCAACCGGUGGUUGAUCUCACAAACGUAUGA